AUGGGACAAGUUGUUUCUACUGAAGGUACCACGCCUUUCCCUAUUUCAAUCCCAGGUCAAGGAACUUUGACAGGUUACACUUUCAAAUCACCAAGGACAAACAAUGUCACAACACACAGGUUCGCUCAGAUUCCGUAUGCGGAACCUUUCACCAAGGAAAAUCGGUUUAAGAGGCCGGUCCCAUUAGCAGAUGAUUUCGAUUAUACAGGUGACUAUAAGGAAUUUGGGUUGAAAUGCCCUCAACCAAGUGUUCCUAACCCUGCAUUCAGGUACACUAAGUCCCCAUCAGAUGAGAACAUUAACAAGUUGAACAUAUGGGUUCCCUCAAGUGAUAAAUAUAAGGAAUCCGAUGGUUGGCCUGUACUAGUCUAUAUUCAUGGUGGAUGGUUGCAAUACUCUUCUCCUUACAGCGAAUUCUUCAAUACCAAUGAGAUGUUCGACGAUGAAGAAUUUACCCAGAAAUACAUUCUAGUAACACCAGGUUAUAGGUUAAACAUGUUUGGGUUCCUCUCUGGUAAAGAACUCUUGGAAGAAGAUGAAGCUUCUUCCAAUUUUGGAUUCUGGGAUCAACGUUUGGCCAUUGAAUGGACUUACAAGUACAUCAAAUACUUUGGUGGUAACCCAGAUAAAAUUUCCGUUGGUGGGAUCUCUGCCGGUGCGUAUUCCACGUUCUUCCAAUUAGCAUACGAAUUGUACCAUCCAGAGGAUAAUCAAAUCAUCAAACAAGCUUUAUUCUUUUCAAACUUGGUUUACGUUCAACCAAAAACAAUUGAAGAAUGUCAGGAACAAUUCGAUGAAAUUGUGGAGAAAUUGGACAUAGACCCCAAGGCAUCAGGGCAAGAGAAAUUAGCUGUAUUACGUGAACUUGACGCACCAUUUAUCGAGGAUUUCAUCCCAACUUUGACACACCAUACUUUCAGAGCUGUCACUGACGACAAGUUUAUCUCUUCCACUUUGAUUAAAGAUUUGGAUUCUGGAGAAUACGCAAGAAGGUUACUCUCCAUUAAAGGUGACAAAUUCAGAAUUCUGUGCGGUGAAGUUGAUAAUGAACCGCUGAAAUAUUCUCUUCUAAACACACCACAAACAUUGGGAGAACUACCAGUUCAAGUGGGUAAUUACUAUCCAAAGAACAUUGUCGAUUCAUUACUUGAUUUAUACAAGGUGGAUAAAUUGAACCCUGCAAGCCCUACUUUGAAGGAAGAUUUGAGGGUAGCAUAUGGUGACAUCAUUGGUGAUGGUCAAGUCUACGCUUCAGGAAGAGGUUAUUUGCAUAAACUGGUUGAACACGGGUUCCCUUCAAAGAAUAUCUUCCGUUAUAGAGUCUCUUACAGGGCUAAAUGGUUGGAUAACCAUAUCGAACCCGACGAUAGAGUUCCACAUGCUGGGGACUUCAGCCUUUGGUUUUACUGUCUAAGAGAAGGGUACACUGAUGAGGAAAGAAUCCAUAUUAACGAGUGGUUGCAACCAUACUUGCAAUUCCUUAAUUUCAAAAGCUUAGAUUCAUGGGAUUCGGACGACGUCAAGAAGUACAGAAUCUUCAAAGAGGAUGGUUCUUUUGACUAUGUCGAUGAUAUCCAUUGGGAUUGGGGUGUAAAGGUGGCAACCACAGCUUACAAAGCUCAAUUGACAGGACAAUGA